CUCUGCUAGUUACAUUGGUUAUGCGCCUGCAAAUUACCCAGCACAAAUUGUUUUGUUGUUGCGGUGAGCGGUUGGUUCGCAGCUACGGUAUUGUAACGUUGACGACGGCAGUGAAAAGACAACGACGUUGAGCCCAGACUUUUUAGCAUUACAAUUAUUGUAAAGUGUCUGAUUCUGGUUGGAAGUGCCGCACACAGCAUAAAAAUUAAAUAAUUUAAAACACACAACACAGUUAAAAAGAAACAGCGUUUGCAACCUUCUAAAUUCAAACAUUUCACGCUGCGUGUGUGUUCAACGUCAAAGGAACAACAUUUUGUUGUUGUAAGCUGCACAAAGCUGCAGUGUUUAUUGGUCGAGUGUGCGAUUUUUUUUUGUUUGUGAUUGCGAGAGCUCGGGAAAUUCGUGUAAAUCGAUUUAUAUAGGAGAAAAUUGUAGAGAAAGGAUUUUAAAUAAAUACAAAUCGUGAAAAUUUUCCAAAGUGAAAACUCUAACUGCAAACAGCAGCAUAAAUAUAAGUUAACAAAUAAUAACAUAAAUAAAAGUAUGAAUCGAGUGCUACUAUGAAAAAGGCAUAAAACAAAUUGCUCACUGUGUUGCUAAUGUUGUUGUUACAAUUGCGACAGAUCGCUGUUUUCGCUGCCACACACAUUUUGCCAACAACUUUUAAUUCUUCUCUACACUAAAUGAAAAAUUGCCUCAUUCAAGGCAAAAAGCUAAAGAGUUUUUGAAAUAACUCAGCACGAAAAUAUUAUAGUUUUCGCUCAAGGUAAACAAAAUAAAAUAUCGUCGGAAGUAAAAUAAAAAAAAAAAAAUCUAAAAAUAGCUUCGUGAUAUUGUCCGCGACGUUAAAGUAGCAGCGAAAAUGUCGACAACUUCGUCCAUUGAAACACCCACAUCUCCGAGUGCUCCAUUGCCAACCCAUCAAACACAUCAUAAUCACCAUCACCGGUAUCAACAUCAACCUCAACAACAUCAAUAUCAAUAUCAACAACAUCAGCAUCCACAUCAUCCGCAUCAACAUACUACCACAGCAAUUGUUGUCAGCGCUGGCGUUGGCCCUGGUUCUGGCUCUAGUUCAGGGCAUCAUCACACCAAUUCGACCAAUUCGGCUAAUAAUUUCACUCAAUUCAGCCGUCAUCGCACCAACUCAUCAUCGUCUUCAUCCAAUAACUCCUUCACUGGCGUCAUUGGGGUUAGCUCCAUGAAGUCUGGCACAGCAGUAGCUAACACUAAUAACGGCAACGGUAGCGGCAGCGGCAAUAGCAAUAGCAGCGCCAAUUCAAACGGUAGUAAUGGCAAUAACUAUAAACCGAAUGGUAGCAUUAACGACGGCAGCAGCAAUGGAAGCUUCAGGGGUAACGGUAGUGGUGGCCAAAUACACAAUCAAUCGACCCACUCACUACUGACCCCGUCAUCGUCGACAUCCUCAUCGCCUUCAGUAUCGGCCUCGGCCUCCACAUCGGCUGCUGUACAUCAUUCACAUCCGUACCAACAACAACAGCAACAGCAGCAGCAGCAGCCACAUCAGCAGCAUCAGCAACAACAACAACAACAGCAACAGCAACAAUACUCUUUAUAUUCACAACGCGGCAUUGCAAGGCCAUCAACGUCAUUCUCAACCCCUGACGGCACUGUAACCGCUGUGACCGUCACCACCAUCUCGACGAACACGCCGGGCAGCAUGAAACGCCAUCACACCGAUUUGUCGGUCUGUUCAUCCGGCUCAUCAUCGUCUUGCUGCUCUAGCACCGGUUCGGUUUCGGCAGUCGGAGUCAUGGGCGCCGCUGGCUCCACAGUGAAUGCUGCCAUCGUUACUACACCAGCUGUGGUAAGCAGCAGCGGCGGUGCAGUGAUUACGCAGAAAUUGAGCAGGACAAUUCCAUCAGAUAAGAUUAAUUUACGUUUAAUACUCGUUAGUGGCAAGACAAAAGAAUUCCUAUUUAAUCCAUCAGAUUCUGCUGGUGAUAUCGCACAAACAGUAUUCGAUAAUUGGCCUGAAGAUUGGGAACGCGAAGCCGUCUCCAAGGCCGAAAUAUUACGCCUCAUUUAUCAAGGUAGAUUUCUACAUUGCAACGUAACAUUGGGCGCACUGGGACUUCCGCUGGGCAAAACGACUGUUAUGCAUUUAGUGCCGCGUGAUAAUCUACCAGAACCCAAUUCGCAAGAUCAAAGGCAAAAGAGUAAAGGUGGUUCCAGUAGAUGCUGUUCAACGACAUGCUGUAUUUUGUAACUAAAUUAGUUGAUAGAAAAUAAAUUAAUUUAAAUAUAUACACACAUACAUAUAAAUAAAGUAAUUAAUUUAUAAAACACAUAU